AAAUAGAUCUUUUCUUCCCUUUCUUGUGUAAAGACAAAAGUCCAUAAAUACUCUCUUUCAACACCUCUCUCAUUCACCAUGCAAUCUGUCUUUCCUUCUAACCAAGACUUCUCUCCAACAAUAACCAAAAAUACAUAGAUUUUUUCUUUCUCCGAUUUCAAGAUUCCCCAACUCCUUUUUUCCAAGAUCAUCUGCAACACCCUUGAUGGCGAUAGGAAUCUUUGGAUUGAUCCCAAGCUCAUCACCAGACGAGCUAAGGAAGAUUCUUGACAAGCUUUCCACAAAAUGGGGAGAUGUGGUUGAGGAUUUCGAGAGUCUUGAAGUGAAGCCGAUGAAAGGAGCGAUGACUAACGAAGUUUUCAUGGUGAGUUGGCCGAGAAAAGAAACAAAAUUUGGAAGUAGGAAGCUCCUUGUUCGUAUCUAUGGCGAAGGUGUUGAUGUUUUCUUUAACAGAGACGAUGAGAUUCGAACCUUUGAGUUUGUAGCUCGUCAGGGCCAUGGACCUACGCUCCUUGGACGCUUCCCCGGCGGUAGAGUCGAAGAGUUUAUUCAUGCCCGGACACUAUCAGCAACCGAUCUACGUGAUCCGAACAUAUCAGGUCUGGUUGCACUAAGUCGAGGUAAAUUUAUGAGACUUUUGGAUUUUGUACAGGAUUAUGAGUAUGCAAGUUAUAACCCAAUUGCUUACGACAUAGCAAAUCACUUCUGUGAGAUGGUGGCAAAAUACCAUUCUGACACUCCUCAUAUCUUGGACUACACUCUAUAUCCAGGUGAAGAAGAAAGGAGGAGAUAUAUCUGCAACUACCUCACCUAUUCAGGUGAAGAGCCAAGAGAAGAAGACAUAGAACAACUCUUGGAUGAGACUGAGAAGUAUACACUGGCAAGCCAUCUCUUCUGGGGGUUAUGGGGAAUCAUAUCUGGCUAUGUGAACAAGAUUGAGUUUGAUUAUGUCGAGUAUUCAAGGCAGAGAUUCAAACAGUAUUGGCUACGAAAGCCCCAGCUUUUAUCUUUCUACCCAUCAUCAUAAGUAAUAACUCUCUGUUUACUUUAGUGCUUACUCUUUGCGAAUAACGCUAUACAAAACCAGUGAUGGAUCCAUAAUAUAGCUAUGCCAAAGCUAGAUAACUGUAUGUUGUUCUUGUUUUCUGAUACUAUGUAACGAAUGAGUGAACGUUAUAAAUACUCAGCACAAUAAUAAUUCCAAGGCUA